UCCAGCUUGACAGGUGUUACUGACUGGCAAGUUCCUCGUUGCUUUUUAAUAGCACAAAAUUAACCAUUUCGCUUCAAUGUUUUUCCCGUAAACAUUUGUGUGUUGUGUAUUUAUGCACGCGCUCGUCGGACACUUCUUCAGUUGCUCCAUGUAAAGCCAAUCAACCACCCUGGAAGUCAACCAUGAAAAAGACCAAGCAGAUCAACAUCAAGAGGACCCUGGCUCUGGCCCGAGCCUUUCACUUCCUGUACUCCUGCGCCAAGUCAUGCCUGCUCCCAUUCGUCACGCUGUACUUCAGACAGCUGGGCCUCACACCUGAGAUGACGGGCAUCGUCAUGGGCACCAAGCACCUCAUAUCGCUAGUAUGGCGCCCUCUCGGCACCCAGCUUGCCAAGAUGUACAACAAGAGACGAGUGGUGCUACAUGGCUCUUUGGUGUGUUCAGCCGUGGUCGCUUUGGUCAUGCUUCUUGUCCCGCCGGUAGAUCUGCAAGCACACAACAACACCUGCAAUGGGUCUAAUCUGAUAAGUACUCCGUCCCCCACAGAAUCGCAGCCAAACGUCAGCACAGCUCCAGCAUCCCAAUCCACUGUCAACUUUUCUGAUGCAGUGGUCAGAACUUCACAUCUUCCUGUUACAACAAAAAGUACUGCAGAGCCAAAGAACAAAAGCUUUGUUGUGUUCAACUCGACUUCAUUGCGAAAGAAGCGAUCCCAAGUCAAACCGAACACAGAGAAAAACAAAGAGGAAGGUCAACAGGACUUUCUGUCCAGCCUGAAAAUGAUGGACGUUCAACGCCAACUUUUCUUCUUGAUACUUAUCACGGUGUCUGUAUGGGAACUGGUAGCAGCCCCUUUAGAGUGGACAGCAGAUGACGGUCUGUAUGAUUAUCUUGAUUUUGCCGACGCUUCUGACCACUACAGCAGCACCGGGUUGUGUCCUGUACUCGGUGCCGCGUUUGGUGUCGCAGGAUCGGGGCUGCUGGUCAGCCAGUUAAACUGUUUCAUUGUCGGUCACACCUCCAGGAGCAUUGUGCACUUCUUGUGCUACGCCGGCGUGUCUGCGCUGGCCUUGCCUGUCGCAGCUUUCCUCCCUCUUUACCUAAACAAGCAGCGGGUCACGGCAAACCGACUGAUCAAAGCUGUGCAGUUGAUGCAUGGCUCCCGGCGUGCGACGCUUUGCGCUGUCACUGCUCUACUGGUUGGAAUGACCCGCUCCACCGUGGACAAUUUCCUCACAUGGCAGAUGCAAGAUCAUCACAGCACUGAGUUACACAUGGGGGUAUCCCUCGGCCUCGCGUCACUCUCGCAGGCUGCCUUUGCCUUUUUGGCCGUCCGACUUACUAGACUACUCAGCUCAGGGAGGCUGCUCACGCUAGGGGCAGCCGCGCUCGGAUUACAGUGUUUGUAUUACUCCUUCUUGUGGGGACCAUGGGCUGCACUGCCCGUUCAGCUUUUGAGCUCUUUCAGCUGCGGAGCCUUCUGGUGGGCUGUCAAAGUGCAGAGCGACGACGUUGCCACACCAGGAACAGAGAGGAGCAUCAGAAGGCUCUAUAACGCACUCUCUUUGGACUUAGGAAGCGCACUUGGAAGUUUCGCCGGUGGGUUCGCGGUCCGCUGGUUUGGGCUGGUGUGGCUUUUCAGAGGAGUAGCCGCAGCUCUGAUUCUGUGGUGCAGUUGCCUGCCACUGCUCCAGUGGAACGCCCCCCACCAGUACAGGAUCAACUAUUCCCGUCUUUUGGCGGCAGAUGGGAGUGAGACCAGCGACUCUGAGUCGGAGCAAGAAAGAGACUGGCUCGAUAAAGCGAUGGAAGAUGACCACUGCAAUAACAACACUUAUGGAAGGGGACUAAACCACUGAACUUAACAGUGAUCAAAGAAAAUGAAUGCACUAACACUUUAAAGUGUGAAGUUUCAAUUUAUAUUUGCCUAUAUGAUUCCGUUUAUUAGGUAACAUUUGCUAAUUGUGUACCGUUAUUUAAUGGAAACGGGUUAUUUGACAAAACUAUAACAAAAUAAUAUGAUAGUCCACAUCAUCAGUCGUAUUUCUCAAUUUUGCUAGGGUUUGUUACCUUAUGAGUAAUAUACUGGACUGUCUCAGGAA